AUGAGGUGUACUCGUGAGGGCAAUGACGAUAAACUGCCCGAUCCAUGGCAGUCAUGCUUGGAUGUGAAAUAUCGCGGCUUGGAGAGGGGUUUGGAGUUGGCCAGGAGGAGUGUGCUGUCGAAGAUUAAUGCGUACAGUAAAGACGCAACGCUGGACUCAAGCAGUGUCCCGUCGUUGAGUGAUCUCCCCCUAACAACACCAGUGAAACAACACGGCACGAUGCUGACUAAAGAGGAUCGCGACUGCAUUCAAAACUUCCUCGAGACCAUGCUAAAACAGUGCAUAAUCCCUUUCGUCGAGAAACAACUCAAACUACUCAACGAACAGAUCAACGCAAGACGUGGCCUUAGCAGAUCGUUGACGACCGGUGUUAGGAAGUUGUUCAGUGCGAACACUCAACCACAGUCCAAUAUCAGUUAUUCACAAGAAAGCAACGAGAUGCAGACGAGACGUCUAGCAGAUAUGUGCUUCAUGUUCGGUUUAUAUUCGUUUGCGUAUCAAAUUUAUCAGAGCAUCAAGAAGGAGUUUGCGUUGGAUCAAGCCGGGUUAUAUUAUGCUGGUGCUUUAGAAAUGGCCGCAAUAACGUAUUAUCUCAGUAAUACAAAUUUGAACCAAUAUCCUCAACGUUAUAUGGAGAAUGCAAUUGAAUAUUAUACAAACACGUGUUUACGGCCAUUGUUGGGUGUUAGAGCUGCCUUGUUGAAUUCAGUGAUUUUGGAUUCAAUUGAUUUGAAUAUUGAGGCUGCAUCACAACUAUUACGACUUGCUAAUAUGGAGAAUGAUCUGUUGAGUGGUAUGUUGGAGAUGCGUGCCUCGGAGAUGUUUUCCAAGGGCAAUAUGCCCCGCAAAAUGGCAUUUCAUUACAUAUUGGCCGGUCAUCGCUUCUUCAAAUGCGGUCUUUUCAAAUUAUCGUUCGACUGCUAUCGGAACGCACUGCCCUUAUUCCUUCAUAAGCAGUGGUCUUUUGCUGAGGAUCAUUUGUUGUAUAAGUUGGCGAGUGAAUCUAACAACUGCACAUCGUUAAGAGAAGCCUUAGAGUGGUGCAGUGAAAUCAUAAAGUCGUUGUGGACAAGCCAACAGCAAGAUGCAGAUCAACAGUUGACAUUUAUUAAGUUGUAUUUGUAUCUGUUGAAGAGCUAUGCGCUUGAUGAUAACAAUAAUAUACCUCUGAUUGAUAUUCCAUUUAUCAAAUCACAAAACGUGAUCGUCAUUCACGGUGAUCGACCGCUGCGAUCGUGCUCUGAUGAUCACAAGGAUACCAUCAACUGGAAAGAUGUCGAACUUGCUGCUUACAAUAAACUGAACGGUUCUUCACUUAACUUCAAGUCAACACCUCUUGUUUCCGACUCGACUACCGAUAAUUCGGAGAUGCGUUGCACACCGCCAUUCGAACGUUUGCGUUUCCAAUUCGAAUUCCAAAAUCCAUUCGAUAUAUCACUGACACUUAAGAACAUACAUCUGGGCUUAAGGAAUGAUACAGAUCUGUUGGAGUUGAGUUCUAUUGAUGAGUUGGUGUUAGAACCAAAGCAACGAGUGGACGAUGUUCAGUUGUAUGUGAUACCGAGCGAUGAGGUGACUGAAGUGCAUGUAACGUCGGUUGUGUUCGAUGUGGUUGUUGAGACGUUGUGUGUCACCGCUCAGAUUGCGUUAUCGCUUCGUGGAGCACGACUCUGCACUGCUACUGCCAGCAAACAGGUGCUCUAUGGCAAGGACGAACGUUUGAAUGUGUCCAUUAGUGCAAAGAGAUGGCCUUUACUGGAAACUGAGAUGAUUCAACCAUCAUCGUCCAUUAUGCAAACCUAUUGCAAUCAGAUCAGCUAUGUCGACUGUGAUCUGAUCAAUAUCGGCAGUGUACCUGUUCAGUCGUUUUGUAUUGCGACGAAUCAGUUCGAUUUGAUCAAUGUUUUUGAUGGAGAUGAUUCGCAUAGUGGUGCCUUCAAGUGGAUCUCUAUGGAGCAUUGUUUGUCACCCAUAAAUCGCAACAUAUUGCUUUUUAAGCCAGUUGGAAAUGAUCACAUUGCAAUUGGACAAAGAAGACGGAUUAGAAUAGCAGUGCGAUCACCUUCGGAAGAAGUGAAAGGGUACAGAAUAUGCUUGUUGUUGUUUUAUGUGGGUGAUAAUGGAAUGUACAGGGAGCAGAGGCAGACGCUAUCGGUGGAUACACGUGCUGUGUUGAGCACUUCAAUGAGGAUGGUGGAUGAGUCGAACGGUAUUUGCGUGCUGAGUGCCACCAAUCUGAUAUCGAAACGCAACUCACAGCUGAUCGCGAAUGUCGAGUUGAUUCGCAUCAAAUCCAUCGUCAACACCGACCUUAGACAUUCAUCUACACCACCGAACGUCUUUCUGCGUACCAUUCGAAAUCGAAAUGGCUCGUUUCAGUUGCUUUCAGUUUUGAAUCAUCUCGAUCGUGAAAAUAACAAAACCAAGUACAUUUCAGUUCAUUUGGAAUGUGAACAAAUGGACAAUUAUUGCUUUAUUGUAUCGUCGAACAACGUCAAUAAUUCGUUAACGAACCUUAUUUAUAUUACUAACAAUAAUUCGGAUAUCAACGAUGAUAACAUCAGCUUUGAGUGGCCUUCGUCGCCAAUUGCAAACAAUGAUUUCAAUAACUAUUCGAUGGAUUCCGUGAAUAACAAGUCUUUAUUGAGUUUAUCGUUUGCUGUUCUGUGGAGAGCGAUGAUUGGUGAAAAUAUAAUCAAGGAUCCAUUUCCGUUGGUCAGUUCGGUAUUGACAGACUAUAAAUUCAUGAGUGCACUC